GCAAAGGCACUGCUCACUAAGAUCUUACAGCUGUGUUUCAGUGAGUGUGAGCCUAAAGUACUUUGAACAACGAAAGCAGUAUGCUACACACCUAAGUUAUACAUGUUUUUUAUGUUGAAAGAAAAUAAGUCAAAGGAGAAUUCGGACAGCGAUGGAAGGCGGGCAAUCGCUCAUAUAUGGGAGUGUUACUUCAUUGGGUGGAAUACUGUAACUUUGUCCCGGCUACACCGGUAGUCGAAUGCACCCACGUCGGGGCCUCGGGAGGAGAUGGCUUGUGGCAGAGAGAUCACCCUGCUCUAAAAUCCGGACAAUAUAGCCAAAACAGAAGGAAAACAGACUACCGCUUCAAACUGCGACAACGGUAAAAACUAGACGCGUGGGAACGCGAUAAACUACGUCGUUCUCUCGGCUGGUGUGAAUAUGCGCUCGUAAACACAACUGAAAGUUGCAGUAUUUGGGCGAGUAAGCGCUCCGAUUUGCCGUGCUGCGUUACAACCGAGCAGCACAAGCACGGCCACACCCUCCUCUUCUUCCUGAUACAGAAGAUGUAGCGGGAACAUAUAACCGACUUUCAAUCAAGAAUCACGACCACUUCUCUCCGAAGCAGUUUCAAAGUGAAGAUCAUCGGCGAAAGUUGCGGAGUGUACUUUUGAAAAGGGCAGCUUUUCGACCGGAAUACGACUCUGAUAUGGAUAUCAGAAGCGAAACCCGACGCCACGAACGCCGGACGAGAUCAUACCCUGCCUUUUGCUGAAGAGUGCGUAUGGACAAUAGAAAUGUACAUGGAAUUGUGCUUGGAAAAUGAACUAGUUUAUAUGACUGGACUGUGUACAAAAAGGAAAAGACUGAAAGUCGAGGGAGGACCGCCGCAGUUGGCCUGUUGCUUUAGUACCGGAGGCUUUUAUUUUGGAAGAUUAAUGGAAUGAUGGUGCAGGAAAAGCAUUGCGAUCCGGGUGAGGUCAAUCGGAACUGCUCUGGUGGUGGUCAUGUUAUAAGAGGCAUGAAACUGCCUCCCAGUCACUCGAGGGUGGUCAGACGGAUUUUGAACAGAUCAACGUAUACGGUGCAUCGAAGCCCUGCUGCCGUUGUGCACGCAGGUAUUUUAAAUUCAGAUUUGCUCGACACAAAGUAAACGAAAGGACAGUUUUGACGUUUAACACAAACAUCGUCGCUAACGCCAACAGACUUUACUAAUAUUCCUUAUUUUCUUAGCUGCACAGUAUACAAAUAUUUUUGAUAAUUUUUUUUGUUCAGUCUGCACUUCGCCUAAAGAGAGGCAACCCGGUGGCACUGCAGUUAUUUUAAUGGUUUUGAAUUUUGUGUGUUAUUGUUUGGACCAAUAUAGCCAUUUAUAGCUUAUUAAUGCAACAAAAUACAACCUGUGAAUAUUUGUUUCAUAAACAGCUGGGUGCUGGAUGGGCAUCCCUUAGAGAAAAGCUCAAUAAGGGCAUUUAACCAGGAAAAUACAAGUUGAUAUAAGGUGUAAAACUACACAAGAAAGUGUGAACGAAGGGAAUUUCAAAUGCAGCUGAUGGGUUAUUGACAAAUCCAGGAUUUUUUUCAGUGAAAAACACAACAAAUGCGUCUUGUUCUUCAAGGUGAAACACAAUUAGCAUGACUUAAAUCUGCUGGGCCUUCAUGCCCACAGCUGAAAUCAGCCAAAAUCUUAAAGCUUUGAAUUUUUUCAACAAAUAGUGUAUGUUAGUCUCCACUUCCCUGCUGUUCACAAGUAGAUACCUUGUAAGACAACUACAAUAUAGUAGUUACCUACUCAUUCUGUCGCAGUUUUAGCAAAUGUUUACUUCAAAGAAUUCAAUUUCCUGUGCUCUUUCAAGGUUUGGAAUUAACAGUGGAUACACGUACAUGCAUACAUUUUGAAGGACUACAACGAAGACUGCUUGGCCAGUGUCAAUCCAGUGUUUUUUGUGAAGUACAUGAGGAUUUUUUGGAACAAAAUAACUUAAAUUACUGUCCCUUACAAUGGAGUGUAUGAUUUAAUCUGGUUUUGUAAAAAAAAAAAAAAAAGACAAACAAAAACCCCAGCAAAUUAGCUUGACCUCCCUACUAUGGCUAGUAGUGGCUCGGGGAAGUCAGCUAGUGAGGGAUCUACCAGCAUUCUGAGCGGCAGCUUACAGCAGAGGAAAAAGCUCCCCUCUAUCUGUGACACGUGUAAAGGCAAGAUGCAGCUGGUGGCAGACCUGCUACUACUUUCCAGCGAAACCAGGCCGGUCAUCGGCGCUGAAGGACUGCCGGUGGCCGAGACGUUCGAGACUUGCCGGGACACCGUCAUCGCCCGGACCAAGGAGCUGUCCAUUCUGACUCAUGACAUUCAGAGCCAGCUCAACAUGGGCAAGUUCACCGAGGUCGGGGAGCGGAUCCAGGAGAUGGGCGACCUGGUGAUCUCGCUGACCGAGUGCUCGGCCCACGCUGCUUACCUGGCUGCCGUGGAGACGGGGGGCUCCCAGCCCUCCCUCCCAGGCCUGGUGGACCGCUACAAGGUGACCCGCUGCCGGCACGAGGUGGAGCAGAGCUGCGCGGCGUUGAGGGUGACCGCCGUGGCCGACCUGAGCCCCCAGCUCCUCCUCGAGGUGUCCCAGAACAUCUCCAGGAACCUGAAGACCCUGACGGACGCCUCCAUCCUGGCCAGCGAGAAGUCUAAGGACAAGUUCGCCAAGGAGCAGUUCAAGCACGGCGUCAAGUGCAUGAGCACCAGCGCCACCGCCCUCCUGGCCUGCGUGAAGGAGCUGAAGACCUCGCCCAGCGAGCUGACCAGGAACAGGUGUGUCCUCUUCAGCGGGCCCCUGGUGCAGUCGGUGCACGCCUUGGUGGGCUUUGCCACCGAGCCUCAGUUUUUGGGCAAAGCGGCCACCAUAAGCCCCGAGGGGAAGGCGGUGCAGACGGCCAUUCUGGGCGGGGCGAUGAGCGUGGUCUCCGCCUGCGUCCUCCUGACACAAGGCCUCAGGGACAUAUCCCAGCAGCCAGAGAAUAGCACCAAGAUGCCGGACUACCGGGAGCGCUUGCGGAACUCGGCCUGCGCUGUCUCGGACGGAUGCUAUUUGCUCUCUCAGGCACUAAGGGAAAGAUCUUCACCCAGGACUUUACCGCCAGUCAACUCCCAUUCUGUGAAUUAAAGCCUAUUAAAAUAAUGAACCUCCCUUUUGUGUACCAAAGAGAUGGAUCGGACCGACCCUUUACGGCAGUAAAGAGGACACAAAGAGCAAUGAUGGAGAGCCGUUGGGGACGCGGGCUGGUUUGAGUUUCCUACAGAGGCCUUCUCACGCUGGGUGUGAUUGAAGCCAUUCCAAAACAGCCAGACAGCCAGACUAACAACUCUGUCCUAAUCAACAAUCACUGUUAGCUCCCCCCUCCUCCCCCCUUCGCAAGGAAAUAACAAAUUUAAACCAGAAAAGUUUACCUCAGUUUUCAGCCAUUUGAAAACAACUGAUGAAUUGAUGGAUGUAGCCUGACGCGUGUGUCGUUUGAGCUGGUGAUCUAUAGAAGUAAAUGAGCUGUGUAAAAGUGGGAAGAGUGGCAGUGUUUGUUUUCCAUGUGUGAAUUUUAAUGGGUAAAAGCUGCUGCUGAGUGUGUGCUAUAGGUUUUUACACUAUUUACCAGAACUUACUAGUAUUUUCAAUGUGUUUUGAUCAUGCA